AAUAUAAAUCAACAUUAAAUGUAAUGUAUUAGUUAUUGUCAUAUUUUAUAAAGUUUACCAAAAAUAUAUGUCAGUAAUAUAAAUGUGAUUGUCUAUGUCAUAAUAACUAUAAGUCAUGUCAUCAAUCUUGUUAGACAUGUCAUCAUUUAUUUUGUAAAAAUGAUUGUAGAAAUGACAUGUGGUAAAAUCACUUCGCAAAUAUAGUCUAGGAGAUUAUUAUUACAACUAAAACAUGUUUUCUUGUUUGUAAAUUUAUUCUCGAAGUUAUUAACGCCAUUGACGACAAAUAAACUAUAUUAAUGUUAAAUAAUCUAAAUAAACAUUUUUUACGAAAAAUAAAAAAAAAUUAAAACAAAUCAAAACAGAUGUUAAAUAUCAAAUCUAUUAUUCUGAACAAAAAACAAAGAGAAACUUACAAUUAUUAAAUAAAAACCUUUAUUUAGUUAACAAAAAUAUUGAUUACAUAUAACAUAUUGAUUUAUUAUUAAAGGUGUAAUCUCAAAUCAUAAUAGUAAAUUUUAAAUUUUGAAAAAUAAAUUGAAUUAAAUUAUAUACAAAUAAAAAUUAUAUUACACAUAAAUAAUUAUAUAUAAUCACAUUAAAAGCUCCUAAAAUCAGAAUUAAAUUGAUUUGAAAUAUCUCUAUUUAGUCAAAAUUAUUUAUUUCUUCAAAUAAAAUUUAAUGUUAUAAAAAAAUAUCAAAUUUUGAUCAUAAAGGGAAAUGAAAAGAAAAAACCAUUUAAGCCAAAAACAAACUUUAGUAAGAAAAUCUACUCAAAGUAGAGAAAGAUGCAAAAUAAAGUAUUAUAAAUAGAGUUCAGUUUCUUGAAAAAUUAUAUAACAAUCAUAAGAUAAAAAUAAGAGAAAAGAAGUUAGAAUAAAACUUGAUUUCGUAAGAUCUAAGAAUGGCAAAAUGGAGUGCGAUAGUUUUAAUAAUGAUGACGGUGAUUGCUAUUGCGGUCACAGCAGAAGCAAAAUAUGACAUAAACGUGUGGCUUAAAUGUUUUCGCAAAUGUUCUCAACCUUGUAAGCCUCACGAUGGUGAUUGUUUUGAACGUUGUAAAAUUCAAUGUGGUGGCCCAAACCCUCCUCACGGUUUCCCACGGUAUUAGUGUUUCUACUCAUUUUGUCUACAAAUAUUCUAAUGCUAUGUAUUAUUAAUGUUUCAUACAAAUUAUAUAUUGUGUAUUUGUACUAACAGAACUUUACAUGGGAUGACAUUUGCGGAAGUUCGUGAAAAGAAAGAAAGAUAAAAAGAAUAUAUAGAAAGUUUGUGAUCAUGUCUGCAGUCUUAAC